AUGCCCGAGGAGGCGCAUGAGAUGACCAAAAGAUCGUAUUCGAAGCUGAGUAUACCUAUGCCCGAGGGGGCGCAUCAGAUGUCUCGGCGGUAUGGUGUGGAACGAGUUCGUGAUCAAGAGGUUCUCGAGCUUAAGAAGCGAUUUUUUUGGCCCAAGUUCACUCCCUUCUACGAGAAGCGCGCCACGAUCAUCAAUGGCGAACUGAUGCCCUUGACCCGACUAUGUUCUCGAAGAGUCUCCCGCGCCUGUGGUGGCCUCAGCGCAGAUCUCCGAGAGCAUAAUGCCGUGCUUGCUCCCCAACGCGCUGUAGAUGUUGACCAGGAGCAUCCUGAAGUCCAUGCCGGAGAUGAGCCUGUCGAUGAUCUCGCCUCGGCGCCUGAGGUCGCCGCGUCGCUUCAAUCUCAGCCUCGGUCGGCUCGUGCAGGACCAUCCUCAUCACGGCCAGGAAGAAGUGCGCAGUGGUGGACAGGAAUGACGAUGGCGCGCGUGAAGGACACAGUCAAAUCCAAUUGUUCAGAUGAGGUCAAGACGAUGUUGAAGUUGCAGGAUGAUGAGAUGCCGCCGGACGAGUAGGGAUGUGAGACUACUAAGAUGAAG